AGAGGAGGGGGGGAAACAUGUCCAGAGCAGUAAAGUGCUGAGAAGAGGGAAGGCUGCAGAGAAGUGUGGGCUGGCUCACACCGGCACUUAAAAAGACGUCCGCUUUGGCUCCUGUGCAUUUCACCAGCAGGCGGGCUGGGAGGGCUGAGAGGGGAAGACGUGAGGGAGUGUAUGAGACAACAGCUCCAGGGGAAAGGUGCACUCUCACUUUAUCGGAGCAAUUGUAUUUUUAGCUCUUAACUUCUCCUCUUCAUAGGGUUUUCUUGUCUGUGGUGGAGGCUCGCCAUCAGCAUCAGCAUGUGGACGGCGGUGCUGCUUGUGUCAUCUUUUGGACUCUCUGUAGCUCUGCCAGCUUCCUGGCUGCCAGGGGACUAUGAAAACACUGAGGACGAUGCAUUAAGGUUCCUGGACAACUACAACAGCACGGCCGAGGAGGUGUUAUACCACAGCGUGUCUGCCAGCUGGAACUACAACACCAACAUCACUGAGCACAACUCACAGCUUCAGGUUCAAGCAUCUCUUGAAGAGCAGGAAUUCUCCUCAGCAUGGGGCCUGAAGGCCAAGCAGGUCUUCACCCAAGAGACUCUGGACAAUCUCACUGCAAGCGACAAGAAACUGAUGGGGAAGAUCAUGAUCCUUGGAGCUGCCAAUCUGCUUCCCAAUGAGAGAGAGGAGUAUAACACAAUCCUCAGCACCAUGGACAACAUUUACUCCACUUCCAAGGUGCAUCCACAGCCGAACAUUAGCUGGAGCCUGGAACCUGACCUCACAGAAAUCAUGGCUACCUCGAGGAGCUACAAGAGGCUGCUGUUUGCAUGGGAGGGCUGGCACAAUGCAUCAGGUGUCCCUCUGAAGGAGUUUUACCCCAGGUUUGUGGAGCUCAGCAACAAAGCCUCUCAAGCUGAUGGAUUUGCAGACACUGGAGCUGACUGGCGCUCUUGGUACGAGACGGAAACCUUCGAGCAAGACAUAGAGGAUCUCUACAGGACUAUCGAACCGCUCUACCAGAAUCUGCACGCCUUUGUGCGCCGUCAGCUCUACAACCAGUACGGCCCAAAAUACAUCAAUCUUAAAGGACCGAUUCCAGCCCACCUGCUAGGAAAUAUGUGGGCCCAGACCUGGAACAAUAUUUAUAGUAUGAUGAUCCCGUUUCCUGGCAAACCCAACAUGGAUGUGACGAAAGAAAUGGUCGAUCAAGGCUAUGAUGCCAUUCGCAUGUUUCGUGUGGCUGAGGAGUUCUUCACAUCUUUGGGUUUGGAGGAAAUGCCUGAGGAGUUCUGGAACGGGUCCAUGCUGGUGAAACCAGAAGGUCGAGAGGUCGUGUGCCACGCGUCUGCAUGGGACUUUUACAACCGCAAAGACUUCAGGAUCAAGCAGUGCACCACCGUGACAAUGGAGCAGCUCUUCACUGUGCACCAUGAGAUGGGUCACGUCCAGUAUUACCUGCAGUACAAAGACCAGCCUGUGGGCUACCGCCGUGGAGCAAACCCUGGUUUCCAUGAGGCUAUUGGAGAUGUUUUGUCGCUUUCUGUUUCCACACCAAAACAUCUGCACACAAUUGGUCUGCUGGACAACGUGACCUCUGAUUAUGAAACGGACAUCAACUACCUGUUAAAGAUGGCUCUGGAGAAGAUAGCUUUCCUUCCUUUUGGCUACCUCAUUGAUCAGUGGAGAUGGGGUGUGUUUAGCGGACAAACGCCUCCAAAACGCUACAACCCUGAUUGGUGGUACCUCAGGACAAAAUAUCAAGGUAUCUGCCCACCCACAAAGCGUACGGAGGAGCACUUUGAUGCUGGGGCCAAAUACCACAUCCCUGGAAACACACCUUACAUCAGAUACUUUGUCAGCUUCAUCUUGCAGUUCCAGCUUCAUGAAAAACUGUGUGAGGCAGCCAAGCACACGGGUCCUCUGCACACAUGUGACAUCUACCGCUCAGCCGAAGCAGGGGCCAUUUUACAGAAAAUCCUCCAGGCUGGCUCCUCCAAACCUUGGCCUGAGGUGCUACAGGAGGCUAUCGGCACCAACAAGAUGGAUGCUUCCUCACUGAUGAAAUACUUUCAACCUAUUAUUGACUGGCUGGCUGAACAAAAUGUGAAUGAGACUUUGGGUUGGCCUGACUAUAAUUGGGUACCACCUAUUCCUGAAGGCUAUCCUGAGGAUAUUGACAAGAAUACUGAUGAGCUUGAUGCAAAGAAAUUUCUGGAUGAGUACAACAGCACAGCUGAGGUUGUAUGGAACGCCUACACUGAGGCCUCCUGGAAGUACAACACAGACAUCAACGAAGCCAACAAGCAGGCCAUGCUGGAGAAGAACCUGGAGAUGUCAGCUCACACCCUGAAAUACGGACAGAAGGCCCGUCAAUACGACACCACUGACUUCCAGGACCCCUCAGUCAAACGCAUCAUGAAGAAACUCAGCGACAUUGAGAGGGCCGCACUGCCCUCUGAUCAGCUGGAAGAGUACAACAACCUUCUUUCCACCAUGGAGACUAAGUACAGUGUGGCUGAAGUCUGCAGGAAAAAUGGGACGUGUCACCCACUGGAUCCAGAUCUCCAGAGGAUCAUGGCAGAGUCUAGAGAUUAUGAUGAAUUGUUGUUUGCCUGGAAAGGGUGGAGAGAUGCAGCCGGCAAAGUGAUUCGUCAGGAUUACAAAAGAUAUGUGGAACUGGCCAACAAAGCUGCAACGCUCAAUGGUCACACAGAUAAUGGCGCUUUCUGGCGUUCCCUGUAUGAAACUCCGACCUUCGAGGAGGACCUGGAGACUCUGUGGAAGGAGCUGGAGCCGCUCUAUCUGAAUGUGCAUGCCUAUGUCCGCAGAGGUCUGUACAAAAAGUACGGCUCCAAGUACAUCAACCUGAAGGGGCCAAUCCCUGCUCAUCUGCUGGGAAACAUGUGGGCACAGACGUGGUCUGGCAUAAUGGAUCUGGUCAUGCCCUUCCCAGAUGCUACGCAGGUUGAUGCCACUCCAGCCAUGAUCGCACAGGGCUGGAAUGCCAUAAGGAUGUUCCAAGAGUCUGACAGUUUCUUCACCUCGCUGGGUCUGCUGCCAAUGCCACCGGAGUUCUGGAACAAAUCCAUGCUGGAGAAGCCGAGUGACGGACGCCAGGUGGUGUGCCAUGCGUCUGCAUGGGAUUUCUACAACCGAAAAGACUUCAGGAUCAAACAGUGCACAGUGGUGACGAUGGACGACCUGAUCACGGUGCACCACGAGAUGGGACACGUCCAGUACUUCCUGCAAUACAAAGACCAGCCUGUGUCCUUCCGUGACGGAGCAAACCCCGGCUUCCAUGAGGCCAUCGGGGAUGUACUUGCCCUGUCUGUGUCCACGCCAGGGCAUCUAAAGAGCAUCGGCCUCCUGGACAAAGUAGAAAGCAAUCAUGAGAGCGAUAUCAACUUCCUGAUGAGCAUGGCGCUUGACAAAAUUGCAUUCCUGCCUUUUGGCUACCUGAUGGAUCAGUGGAGAUGGAAGGUGUUUGACGGACGCAUCCCCUCAACUGAAUACAACAAAGAAUGGUGGAACCUCAGGAUGAAGUACCAGGGUCUGUGCCCACCUGUAACCCGCACUGAGGAAGAUUUUGACCCUGGUGCAAAGUUCCACAUCCCUGCUAACGUGCCCUACGUGAGGUAUUUUGUGAGCUUCGUCAUCCAGUUUCAGUUCCACAAAGCUCUGUGCAAAGCUGCUGGACACACAGGCCCUCUGCAUACCUGCGAUAUCUACAAGUCUCAUGAUGCAGGGAAGCUCCUAGGUGAUGUGAUGAAGCUCGGCUUCAGCAAACCCUGGCCCGAGGCGAUGGCCAUGAUCACCGGUGAGCCCAAGAUGACCGCCCAGCCGCUCAUGGAGUAUUUCCAACCUCUCAUUACAUGGCUGGAGGAGGUGAACAGUAAGAACGGGGACAUUCGCGGGUGGCCCGAAUACGACUGGAAACCUGGAAACAUAAGUGAACCAGUGACGACGGAUAAAGUGGACUUCCUGGGUAUGAGCGUGGACAGCCCUGCUGCUGUAGCCGGCCAGUGGGUCCUGCUAGCCAUUGGCAUCGUCCUUUUGUUGGCCACCAUCUUUUUGGCCUACAAAUACAGGAAGUCAAAAAAACCUGAAAAGUCCCUUUCCAUGGUGGAGCUCAAGCAGAAGGACUAGUCGGUAGAGUGACGGCUAACAGUAGCUAACACAGUGCCAACCUCAAUGUGAACAUUAGUGUUUGUGUGUACUGUACAGUACAUCUGAUCAAAUCUGCCCUUCUUGUUUUGGUCUGCCUCCUUAUCUAGUCUUGUAUAUUUAUUGUAUACACUCCGAGUCAGAUUAUUUUUGCCUAUGCAAAAGAUUAUUACACUUUUGUAAUUUAUUUGCAAUAUUUGAAUGUUUAGGGAGGCAAUGAUGUAAAUGAAUGUUUGUAAAGUCGUAAAUUGUGUCAGAUUUUUGGAAUAUUUGAUUUGUUUCUUUUUGUUGGACCCUCUGCAUUUCUACAA